AUGGGCGAGCUGGAUAUUUUGGCAGCCGGGCUUUGGGAGGAGGCGCGCUUUGCAAGACUACCCUGUGACGCACCCAGCGAGCUGAGAGACUUGGUCGAGGACAUCGAGAACCCGAAGCGGGUAUACUCGAUACACAGGGCCACGCGCCGACAUAAUUUCCAGCUGCUCGUGCAGAAGUUCAUCGUGCAGAUUCGCGAUGGCUGUGGCGCCCAGAACUGCUCGACACCAACCUGCUUCACAUACCGGAAACGGCUCGCAGGUCGCGGCCCGACCCGGAGGUACAAUACCACAAGCGCAAGAGCUCUGGCAAUAUACCAAGCAAGUCAGGACAACCCUGAGAAUGGAUUGUGUCCUAGCUUGAGACCCGUCAAAGCCCCCCCUGCUGCCCUAAACCAACUUGUUUUCGUGCCGAAUCCUAAGCCGUCCCUGCGUGAAGACCAGAUUUCGAGCGCCUCGGUCAAGGGAAAGGCCAUUGCUGGAGUCGCCGUGUCUCCAAAGAGUCCUGUGAUUGGAACACAAUCAGGUCUUGCUCGGACGCGCAGCGGGAGCGGAAGUGGUAGCGGCAGUGCGACUAGCUCAAGAGCCCCCAAAGAGCCCCAAACAAGCCCUCUCAAAACAGGCAACGUCCCAAAGCAGCCCACUCGUCCGUCCUUCUCUGUGUCCGAAGAACCUGUUAGCAAAGACUACCGCUCCUUUGCUGCAAAUGUGUUUGGGUCUGUGGCUUUCAAGAUGUUGGAGUGGCUUACCCCGGCUGCGAUAGAAGACAUGUUUCGGAAGACCCAAGACCUCCAGUCCGGGCUCAAAGGCGGCCAGUCUCAGGCAUCAAAUCCAUAUUCUAUCCCGGAAAACGAGCCCUUCUCUUUACCACCCCAAUCUCUAACCCAUUCAUCCGAGCAGGGGCACGCUAGGAAAGAAGUCCGCGAGAAGGUGAACAAAACGGAAAAGGGCCCUAACGGUGACCAUCUAAACCAUGAUUCGCUGCCUUCCCCUAGAUCCGGAGUACAGCGUCACAACUCAAAUACAAAGGUCUUAACGCCGUCCGGCUCGAAACCAAAACACCAGCUCUCCAUUGACCCAUUUGCCACGGAAACCUUGGGCGACGACCCCUAUUCGGGCUUGUUGAAGUCUCCUCGCGCUAAUGGCGGCCCAACGGAUAAGAGUGCGCGGGGUCUUAAGUCGACUAGUUCGAAGCUAUCCCUCCCGAUAUCUCAGCUGUCGUCAGCCGGCUUCUUUGACGAUGUCUCAUUAGAGAAGAUGCCGCCCCCGAAACCUGUCGAUCUGAAGCCCAAAGCCAACCGAACCCAAAUGGACGGAACGGGGGGCAGCGAGUCUAGCAGUCCGGGUGAGUUUGUUUUUGUCUCCAGGUCGGGCAGCAGCAAUUCUUUCCAAGCUGUUGACCCGGAGACGGAGCCAGAGGACGAAAGUGAGCUACCUCAGGCUCUAUCGAAGCUCAAUGUUGAGGUCGUGGACUUCAUUUGCGAUGUCAUUCAGGAGGAUGGAGCGGCCGAGAAGCACAUGCUUGAGCCACCAUCCAUCAAGAGAUUCCACACCGGAGAUACGCGCCAGGGAAAGCCUCUAAAACGAAAGUCACGACCUUUGGACAUAAACCGCUCCGACCUAAAGUUAGAGUGGAAGCUGUUCCUGGAGCAGACCCUUUUUUAUGUCCUCAGCAACCCGGAACUCCUAAUUCGGUCGUUUACCAAGAAAGGUCAAUUGUACGACUCUCACACUCUUUGGUACUGCAUGUUGAGGAUGACGCGUGUUGCGCCAAAGCUCGUGUUUGAUAGCCUCUGGAUGGCUGCUGCCAGCCUCUUCGCCCCCCCAAAAUCGCUUCAAUCACUCCGUUCCCCAACAGCCAAGCUCUUCCCAAAGGACGAAGAAUCGCUCUCCAACACAGAAGCAGGUCGUCUGAUGUCCAUCUGCCUGCAUGCCCUGAUAGCUGCAGCCCCGGUAGUCGCGAGCAAGAAAAAGCUGGAUGACGUGUCCCGAACCAGGGCCCAGGGCAUGAUCCUUGGCAGAAGCGAAUUCACAUCACAAAGAUUAGCUGAUCCUUUGCUUGAUAUCUGCCUUCAGUACGAGGAUGCCUUUUCUGACGACCUCGCGCUCCGGCUGGCUAAGCGCUUAUUCGCCGCCAUCAGUACGCGUCGUUAUUACGAUGCGAUGGGUGAAUCAAGUUAUGAGGGCGACGGCAACGAAGAACCUGACGUCCUUGCUCCGUUAUUCUCACAGUUGGAUUUUCGCAAUAGGGAUGCUAUCUACAUCUGCAACUUCACUCUUAGCGAAAACUCUCUCCACGAAGCCCGCGUCCCGAUACUGCUACUCGACUGGGCAAGGAUGGUUAUGAUGAGCGACUGGGAUGGCAAUCCCGAAGUUCCAGGCGAUGGGCCAUUCGGUGGCGCUCUAGCUCUUGUCGAGACUAUGCAUAACAAACGACACGAACUACAGCUUGAGGACACCCAAUUCCUAUCCGAAUUCUUCGGCGAUAGGCUGGAUGUGAUGCAAAUGCCGACAUUGUGGCUCUCUCACACUCGGACCCAGCAGGAAAUGCAUCUCCUGGAUUUUCCCUACUUGUUCAACCCGACAACGCUGGUCACUUACUUCCGUUCCAUCAACUUUUCAAGAAUGGCGCGCUCGUUCGAGGAGGCUACGUCUCUACAGGACAAGAUAGAGGUCGUGAUCUCUCGACUAAGUAUAAACAGACACGAUCAGAACGUUCUCAACGACCGCCUGAAGACGGCGGAAUCGAAGUACCUGAUGCUUGAAAUCAGCAGAGACAACAUUGUUCGUGACACAUUCAACCAGCUGUGGCGAAGAGAAGAAAGAGAACUGUUGAAGCCAAUCAAGGUUCGCCUCGGCAAAGAAUCGUUCGAGGAAGGGAUUGACUCUGGCGGAAUCCAACAGGAGUUUUUCCGGGUGGCCAUUGCAGAGAUCAUGAAACCUGGGCAUUGUAUUUUCACCGUCGACGACAGAACCCGCAUGGCCUGGUUCGUACCGGGGUCGAUGGAACCCUUGUGGAAGUUUGAGCUGGUUGGCCUGCUUGUUUCCCUCGCCGUCUACAACGGUCUGACGCUCCCAGUGACCUUCCCGAAGGCACUUUAUCGUAAAAUUCUUGGGGAGCCCGUUACAGAUCUCAUUCAUAUCGCCGAUGGCUGGCCUCAACUGGCCAGUUCGCUCACCGAAUUGUUGGAUCAUAACGAGAAGGCCGGCCUUGUUGAGGAUAUCUUUUGUGUCACAUACGAGUUCUCGGCAGAGGUAUUCGGCUCACACGUCUCCAGAGAGAUGAAAUCGCCUUCCACAGAAGAAGAGUGGCCGCAAUUUCCCAAAACAGUCGCAGGGGCCUCUUCCGGUCCUGAUCCAACUCUCGGCAACCCGGGGCCAGACGACGCGCCCAUGGUUACUAGUGCCAACCGCAUUGCGUACGUCCACGACUACAUUCGCUACCUUACGGAUGUGUCUGUAAGGCCGCAGUUCGAAGCCUUCUCCCGCGGCUUUCGCAUGUGCUUCCACCCGAAGAGCUUGACCUUGCUUUCUUCCAACAUCCUGCAGUCUCUUGUCGAGGGCGUACAGGACAUAGACAUUGCUAAGCUGAGGAAAACUGCUCGCUAUGUGGGAUAUGACCCAACAGAUCGCGUUGUGAAAGACUUUUGGAGCAUAGUUAAGCGCUAUGACGAUAAUAUGAAGCGCAAGCUUCUCGAAUUCGUCACGGCCAGCGACCGCGUUCCUUCAGGUGGAAUCGACAAACUUCAGUUUAUCAUACAGAGGAAUGGCGAUGGCGAAAACAAUCACCUCCCUACGUCCUACACAUGCUACGGGAUCUUGUUGCUUCCUUCGUACAAGGAUAAGGAGGUUCUUCGACAGCGGCUGGCCACGGCACUGGAAAAUUCCCAAGGCUUUGGAAAUCCUUGA